AUGUCUGGUGACAAAGUCUCAAGGCAAAAGCCCUGCCAUCACUGCAAGAGCAGGUCAGCAUCGGUCCCACCAGACACCUCCACGAUCCACUAUGAGAAGUCCUGGCUGUACCGUCACUGCUCUUCAGUGCAGCAGAGGGACAGGCAAACUCAGAAAGCUGGGCAGCUCUUCUCAGGGUUGCUGGCCAUGAACGUGGUGUUUCUGGGCAGCGCUUUCAUCAGUAGUAUGAUUUUCAACAACGUGGCCAUCACACUGGCAGACGUCUGGAUCCUGCUCUCCAUCCUCAAGGUCUUGUGCCUGUGCUGGAUUAUCUACUACCUGCUGGGCACCAGUCGGCAGCCGCACGCAGUGCUGUACCGGGAUUCCCACGCCGGCCCAAUCUGGAUUAGGGGGUCAGUGCUGCUGUUCGGCAGUUUCAGCGUCCUCUUGAACGUCUUUCAGAUCGGCUACAGCGCAGUUCUCAGCCACUGCAAAUCCAGGGUGGAAAUUGUGUUCCCCAGCAUCGAAAUCCUUUUUAUUUGCACCCAGGCUUUUUUCCUGUGGCGUCACUCUAAGGAUUGCAUUCAAGUCCAGCACAAUCUUACCAGGUGUGGGCUGAUGUUGACCAUAGCCACUAACCUGCUCCUCUGGCUCUUGGCCGUGACCAACGACACCAUUCACGUGGAGAUUGACUCUCAGCUGCGUGCGGUGGAGCAGCGAUUUGCAGGCAACGAGACUACCUUGUGCACAUGCCCAAACACAACCAUCUGCAAAGUCUUCCAGAAGGGCUACAUCCUGCUCUACCCCUUCAACACCGAGUACUGCCUCGUCUGCUGCUCUGUGCUGUACGUCAUCUGGAAGAACGUGGGGAGACGCAUCAGCGACCACCUUGUCCCUCACACCAAGCCCAAGUUCAAGCUCCAGGGGGUGGUCCUUGGGCCACUGCUGGGUGCCUCCGCUGUAAUCAUUGGGAUCUGCAUCUUCAUGAUGUACCAGAUCCAGGCCACCGCCUCAGCCCCUAGCCGCCAGGUCUUCGUGAUGUAUUAUUCCUACUACAUUGUGCUCCUGCCCCUAAUGAGUGUGGGUGCAGUGAUUGGGACAAUCAUCCACGCCUUGGAAAAACGGGAGCUGGACACCCUGAAGAACCCAACCCGCAGCCUGGAUGUGAUCCUGUUGAUGGGAACAGCCCUUGGCCAAAUUGGCAUGUCCUACUUCUCCAUUGUUGCCCUUGUGGCCACUGACCCAAGGGACCUGUUGAACAGUCUCAUCCUGUCCUAUUCUGUCCUCCUCAUCUUUCAGAACAUCACCCAAAAUGUCUUCAUCAUUGAUGGUCUUCACCGGCAGCCCUUUGUAGCAGCAAUUGAGGCCAAACACACAAGACACGCUGGGCAGGACACAGUGGCUUCGGAGCCACCUGGUGAAGAGGGAACCGUGACAAGCAGCAAACAGGAGCACACACAGAUGUCUGCCGGCAAAGAGGAAGAAAUGAAAGAAGAGGAGAAUCACGAAGCCUACAACCAGAGACGAAUGAGCAUGCUGGAGCUGGGACAGGAGAUCCGGAAAGUUUCUCUGACCUAUAUUCAUAACUACUCUCACCUGAACUGGAAGAGAAAAGCAUUAAGGGAGAUCUCAUUCUUCUUGGUUUUGUGCAACAUCAUACUGUGGGUCAUGCCCACAUUUGGGGCUCACCCUGCCUUCGAGAAUGGACUGGAAAAGUCAUUUUAUGGCUACUCCACCUGGUUUGUGAUCGUGAACUUUGGCCUCCCACUGAGUGUGUUCUACCGAAUGCACUCCGUCGGGGGACUCCUGGAGGUCUAUGUCACAGCCUGA